AUGGCCUUCACCGACUACAGCGAGCGCGCCUCUCGGAUGAUCCGCCGCUGGUCUGGCGUGCGCGACCCGCCGCGCAAGCCCUCCCAGCAGCAGGAGCUGCCUCGCGUUUGCGUUGCCCGACGGCCGCCCUCGCUGUGGCUGCCGGCCCUCUACAGAGUAGCUCUGCGGCUGGCAUCGCUGUGGCGGCGAAUCGUCUCGCUGGCUCCAGUCGCGAAGCUCCUUUGCGCGCCUGCCGCCGAGGACGAGUCGAGCCAGCCCGCUCCUUUCCAGGACGAGUACGUGGAGCCGGCCCGCUCCAUUCCAGUCUCAGACACGUGCGACGUGCUCGUUGUCGGUGGCGGGCCUGCCGGCCUGUCUGCGGCGGUCGCGGCUGCCCGCGCGGGUGCGAGCACGAUGCUGAUCGAGCGGCACGGCUGCUUUGGCGGCUGCAUCACAACGGUCGGCAUGGAGACGCUCGGCUGGUACCGCUACGAGGGAGUGGUGGAGUGCGAGACGGGCAUAGGCAUGGAGAUGGAACGGAUGGCCGCCCGGAUGGGCGGGACAGUCAAGUGGCCAUUCAACUCGUCCGAGUGCCUCGACGCGGACUACUUCAAGAUUGUCGCCGACCACCUCGUCUCCGACGCGGGCGUGAAGCCUCUCCUCCACACCAUCGUGGUCGAGGCGAUCCACGAGGGCGGCGCGCUCGCGGGCGUCAUCGUCGAAAACAAGUCCGGCCGGUCGGCUGUGCGGGCGAAGCGCGUCAUCGACUGCACGGGCGACGCCGACGUUGCCUAUCUCGCCGGUGCGCGCUGCACCAAGCGCGACCGGCGCGAGCGGAUGGGCGUGAGCACCGUCUUCUCGUGCAGCGGCGUCGACAAGCAGGCCUUCAUCGACUACACCGAGACAAACCCCGCCACGUACAAGACGUGGUCGCGUCGCGGCGGGGAGUGGUGCCAGCAGACGGCCGACAAGGAGGAGCACCUUCGCUCGCCCUUCCUGCAGGAGGAGUUCGAAAAGGCGAUCGCCGCCGGACCGGGGGUGGACGGCACCGACGCGGCGGAGCUUACCCGCGCCGAGAUGGAGGGGCGCGCGCAGACGCUCCAUGCGAUCGCGGCGCUCAAGCACGCGGUGCCGGGCUUCGAGAAGAGCAAGCUGCGCAACUUCGGGAUGCAGGUGGGCGUGCGGGACACGCGCAAGAUCGUCGGCCGGUACGAUCUGGUCGGGGAGGACGUGCGCGGCGAGGCGCGCUUCGACGACUCGGUCGGCAUCUUUCCGGAGUUUGUCGACGGCUACAAUAUCCUCAUCCUGCCGACGACGGGCCGCUACUUCCAGGUGCCGCUGCGCUGCAUGCAGUCGCCCGACGUCGACAACCUCCUCGUCGCGGGCCGCUGCGUCGCGGGCGACAAGGUGAGCCACGCGGCGAUGCGCAACAUGAUGGCGUGCACCGUCACGGGUCAGGCGGCCGGCACGGCCGCCGCGGUCAGCAUCCGCGAGGGCACGAGCACGCACCACGUGCCUGUGGAUGCGGUGCAGCGCGAGCUGGUGCAGCAGGGGGUUCGCAUCUCCUGA